UCGGUUAGCAAGAUCUGCAUAGACCUGUUCCUAAGGAGAAACAUGUCUGAGAUCGACUAUGAGAAGUUAGCUGAAAUAGAACUGCAGAAAGACGAAGCAGAAGAUACACAGUCAGAACAGGAAGAAACAUUUAUGUCUCCACCAGUUGAGGAUCCUGAGUUAAAUAUCAAUCACCCUUACUAUGAUGUUGCAAGGCAUGGCAUCAUCCAAUUAGCAGGUGAUGACAAUUCUGGAAGGAAGGUGAUUACCUUCAGUUGCUGCCGUAUGCCCCCCUCCCAUCAGCUCAAUCACACCAGAUUGCUGGAGUACUUAAAGUAUACUCUGGACCAGUAUGUAGAGAAUGAUUAUACAGUUGUCUACUUUCACUAUGGCCUGAAGAGUCUGAAUAAACCAUCUCUGAAAUGGUUACAAACAGCCUACAAAGAAUUUGACAGGAAGUAUAAGAAAAACCUUAAAGCACUCUAUGUUGUACAUCCAACCAACUUCAUAAAAAUUCUGUGGAAUAUCUUUAAACCUCUUAUAAGCCAUAAGUUUGGGAAAAAGAUAACCUACUUGAACUAUUUAAGUGACCUGAGAGAGCAUCUCAAAUAUGACCAGCUAAAUAUCCCUCAAGAAGUCAUCCGACAUGAUGAAAAUCUUCGGAGGAAACAGAAGGGAAAACUGCCACCUGUGGUUAAGGUUCCUCCACCACGGCCACCUCUACCUACCCAGCAAUUUGGAGUCAGCCUGCAAUAUAUCAAGGACAAAAAUAAAGGCGAACUAAUCCCCCCAGUAAUGAAGGAAACUGUAUCCUACCUAAAAAGAAAAGGACUACAAGUAGAGGGCCUCUUCAGAAGGUCAGCCAGCAUCCAGACUAUCAAAGAUGUUCAGAAACUCUACAAUCAGGGUAAGCUGUCAUCAUACUUCUGUGAAUUUCAACCAUUACUAACUUUUGAGUGUUAUGAUCAUAUCCUUGGAAUCACCAGUGUGGAGAGCAGUUUACGGGUCACCAGAUGUAAGCAAAUCAUUCAAGGACUUCCUGAACACAAUUACGUUGUUCUGAAAUAUCUGAUAUGCUUUCUCCAUAUGGUUUCACAGGAGAGCAUAUAUAACAGAAUGACAGCAUCCAGCCUGGCCUGUGUCUUUGGCUUGAAUUUGAUCUGGCCGUCAAAAGGAACAGCCUCCCUGAGUGCUCUGGUACCUCUGAAUCUCUUCACUGAACUACUGAUAGAUUUCUACAUGAAUAUAUUCAACUCCCGAACAGUGCCUGGUGAGAUCUUACCUUAAUGCUGCCAGAAAGGAAAAUGGAGUAUGGCUGCCUGAGGUCUCCAUGUCUCAACUGGUGGGAGCUUUAUAUUCAGGGCUUUCUCCUGCAAAGAAAACUUUAAAUACAGAGUUUCUAUAGCUUU